CCUGGCUCAUUAUAAUCAACCUAACGCCCGUCCGCCGCUCACGCUUUUUGUCCCGAGCACUGACCUAAAAUCCGACGGCGGCGCCAUUCCCGCCUCGUACUCGCCGUUCCUAGAUUCCAAAGCAAGCGGCCCAAUGAUCACCGGCGGCCAGAGAUUCGUUGCCUCGCCUCCUGCCUUCUCCCAGGAUGGAAAGAAGCUCUUGGUCUGCACCGGAUGCACUGUCUCCAUCUUUAGUGUCUCCACCGGAAUGCAGAUUACGGAAUUGGAGGGUGGGCACACUGACCGAGUCACUUCUGUCGUUGUAGUGCCAGUUGGCGCGCCUUCAAGUAAGUUCAUGAGCUACUGCUGGACUUCCUCAUUGGAUGGGACUAUCUGUUACUGGGAUUUUGCCUCAGCUGAGUUGAUAAAGAAGGUGAAGAUCCAGUUUCCAGUCCAUUCUAUGGUAAUUCCAAGUUUAUCAACCAUUGGAAGCACUGAAGAGGGAUCUAAUCUUUAUGCAUUUCUCUCAGUUGAAGACAUAAACAAACCAGCUAGUGAAAAGAAAGCUUUACAUGGGCAAGUCCGAAUUUACGAUUUAAAAAACCAGAAGCCUGUUGGAGGACUGCUGACUGAGACAAGAAAUCCAGAGAUAUUAUAUGCAAGUAAAAAUGGGGAGUUCUUAGGCAUCUCAAACAAAAGAAAGCUUCAUAUUUGGAGAAUUCCUGCAAACAAUUUUAGGUUUGACGAAAUAAAAAAGAUCAAACUACAUCACACAAAAAAGUUGACAUGUCUUGCAUUCCAUUCAACUCUGAGAAUGGUGGCUGGAGGUGAUGAUACAGGAAGGAUCUUGAUAUGGUACAAUUUUGGGAGAGAGAAAUUUGCUCAAAAUUUACAAAAUCUCAAGGGCACAAAGAAUCCUUCUGAUGAAGUAAAGCCUGGGGUGAGAAAUAAUGAUGAUGUGGAUUCCUGCACAACAUGGCAUUGGCACCCUAGUGAAGUAAAGUUUCUUCACUUCUCUUCUGACGGCGCUUAUUUGUAUUCAGGUGGGAACGAAGGAGUUAUUGUGGUUUGGCAGAUUGACACUGGAAAGAAAAAAUUUAAGCCACGACUAGGAUCACCGCUUUUAUAUUUCACUGAAUCUCCAGAUCCGUCCCUUUCAUGUGUAUCUUGUUCAGAUAAUCACAUUCAUCUGCUAAAAAUGCCUACAAUGGAUAUCUCAAAAUCCAUAUCGGGAAUCAAGCCUCCUUUUUCGUUUCCUCUCAAACAUGAAGGAUCCUGCACACAAGUUGCAUUUGAGCAGACAACUGGAUUAGUUGCUGUUUCCACUGAAGAUUAUUGUGUACAAUUUUAUAGCUUGUUUGACAACCAUGAGGUUUCAGAGGUCCAAGUGUGCAAAAGAAAUUUUCAGCCUGCGGAUGACGUUAUGCUAUAUGUGGCUCUUGUAGCCAUUUCUCUUGAUGGCUCCUUAAUGGCUACCAUUGAUGUGACAAUUCCUGAAGAAAAAUUAGGGGGUUUGGUUUGCCUAAAAUACUGGACUCGUGGUUCCCUAGUGGCAGAGUACUUAUUAUCCACUGUCAUAUAUGAGCCUCACAGUGAUGCUCAAGUUUCAUCUCUUGCAUUUCGCCCUGGACACAACAUGGCUGUCACAUCAUCUUAUGGUGGUGACUUUAAGGUUUGGGUUCAUGGCUCUCAUGCCAGCAGAAAUAAUGAAUCAAUGCAGAGAACUGGUUGGAGAUGCCAAUCUGUUGGUUCAUACAAGGGAAAACCAUUAACAGCUGCUGUUUUUUCUGCCGAUGGAUCGGUCCUUGCUAUUGCAGCUGAGACUAUGAUUACAUUAUGGGAUCCGGAUUCCAAUAUUCUUGUGGCUAUGAUUGGAGAUACACUUUCGCCAAUUACAAAGCUUUCAUUUGUUGGGAAUUCAGAAUAUCUGGUGUCCUAUACACACAGUUUAAAGCCACAACUUUCAGUUUGGAGUACUUCAAAUUUGGCAUUGUACUGGUCUCAUGGGAUCGUUACAGAAGCCGUAAGCUGUUCCCAUGAUGAAUCUCAAUUCGCCGUCUUAGCUCUUCUCAGUUCACCAGGUGAUGCUGAUGCAAAAGGAAAUGGGGUAAUAUUUUUCUUCCAUGUGGAAGAUCCUGUUCCUGUGGCAACUUGGACAGUGACAAAGGCAAAAGGUGGUAGCCUAGCCUUUCUACCUGCCAAUCCUUCGCUUCACGAAAGCUCAGCUACAAAUGGCGUAAAUCAACUUUUGCUUAUUUUUAUGAAUGGCGAGCAUGAAUACACCAUCUUCAAUCCACACAAGGAAGAGGACAUAAUUAGCAAGAAUUCUCGGAAAAGUCAAGCUGCACAGGAUGAAGCAGAGAGGCUUGGGUAUACAUCAAUUUAUGGAGAUCUGUCUAACACAAAUGCAAAGCACAACCAUUUCCAAGAAGUUCCAUUUGCCCCGAGUGAAAGACCAUGGGAAACCAUAUUCAGUGGAUCUUCCCAUGUUCUACCUCCGCUGACCAAGCUCUGCACCUCAUUUUUCGAAUCGUUGCUGGAGAAAAGGCUGGAGAACAGCAAUGAGAUGAUAAUAGAUGCAGAUCUUUGAAUAUGCACAAAAUUGCAUGAAGUCUGAUCGCUGUGCAUGUAAUACGCAAAGGUUUUAAAGAAAGCGCAUUAUAGACUUGAGUGGUGUUAGAGUAUUUUAUGAGCUUAGAGGACUUUGUAUGGAAGAACAGUGCAUUAAAAUUUAUCUGCUCACGGUAAAUGCCUUGUAUACAUUGGAAAUAUUCUAAAAAUUUUGUAGUUCAGCUGGAGUGACUUUUGUAAAUUGCAACUGAUGUAAUGUGCUUAUAGUUCGAGCGUUAAUUUGCACAAA